AAGCAACCGACAGAGAUAAGAGUCUGCAAGGCUAUAUGCAACAGCCUUUUUCACUGCAGUUGAAUGUGUACAGACUAACAGAAUGGUUUUCUCUUUAAGUACCUGAACCCAUUCCUCAUCCUUUUUUGAACAUUCUAAAAUUAUGAAUUCCACAGUGCCUUGGGCACUGCCUCUGCUGUCUGGUUUGGUCUAAGGAAAAAAAAAUGUGAGGUUGGUACUAAAGACGUGCCUUUCCUGACGUCUCUGCUGCUUGGAACCGCUUCUAGAGCAGUCUCUGCUUUUGCCUUGCUUGCUGCCCAGCUAGACUACGACGACUGCACAUCUACCCUCCAGCUGUAGGCCAGCUGUCCCCCCACCUAUACCUAGAAUUGAGCAAAGCCAUCCUCAGUACCAGGCAAUGCCCUCUGCUGCUUUACUGUAGACAUAAAACUUUAUCAUUAUUGUUAUUCUUUUUUUUUUUUUUUUUGGUUUGUUUUUUGCUCUCUGAAAAAGGGAGUUUCCACUACCAGUAAAAAAAGACAAAGUCAAAUGUAAUAUUAUUGCUGUACAUGCUGCAUAUUUAUAUGCCAAGCUAAUUAAUAAUGAAUUGCAACAUAAAAUUUGGUUGCUAAUUCAGCUGUGGGGGAGAUUAAUUUUCAGAGAACUCUACUGGAAGCCAUUUCAAACGCCAGCGUCAGCACAGGCUCUGCCACAUUUUCAUGCUUCUGGUUGGGCUCCAGUUUGGCACUAAGAAUGGGUUACUAGCUCAAGGCUAGAUUCAGGUCAAAUUUUUGGAUACAUACAGUACAUCUCUUUGGCUUAAAGUGGAAAAUUGCUCUGGGUUGAUAGCUCUUGACUGUGUCAGCUUGCACAGAAGACACUUUAGAAAAGUUUAAUAGAAAAUUUCUGAAUCUAUCAAUUAAAAACAAAGCCAUUUUCUAUUUUUUCUAAAUUGUUCAUAUUUUUUAAUUUGGCGCAAUAUACCAUAGAUUGCCUGGCUUUUUUGUUUAUUUAAUUUUUGCUUUUCUUUUCAAAAUUUAACUACCUGUAAAGAUCAAGCAUGGCAGUUAAUGUCACGCCAAUCCGGGAUACAAAAUGGCUUACACUGGAAGUGUGUAGAGAGUUCCAAAGGGGGACUUGCUCACGACCAGACACCGAAUGUAAAUUUGCACAUCCCUCAAAAAGUUGCCAAGUUGAAAAUGGAAGAGUAAUCGCCUGCUUUGACUCUUUAAAAGGCCGCUGCUCACGAGAAAACUGCAAAUAUCUGCACCCUCCCCCUCACUUAAAAACCCAAUUGGAAAUAAAUGGACGCAAUAACCUAAUUCAGCAGAAAAACAUGGCAAUGCUGGCACAACAGAUGCAAUUGGCCAAUGCCAUGAUACCUGGUACUCAAUUACAACCUGUGCCGAUGUUUUCUGUCACCCCUAGCCUUGUUACCAAUGCCACAGCAGCCGCAACAGCUUUCAACCCUUAUCUUGGGCCUGUAUCUCCUGGCCUGGUUCCAGCAGAAAUCCUGCCUACUACUCAAAUGAUAGUAACUGGGAACCCUGCUGUUCCUGUGCCUGCUGCAGCAGCAGCUGCAGCUCAGAAACUUAUGCGGACUGACAGACUGGAGCUAUCAUUUCAGGUGUGGCAGGGCACCCCCUGGCAGCUGUGGCACACCUUCACAAACCAGGCCAGACAACAGGUAUGCCGAGAGUAUCAGCGUGGGAACUGCACAAGAGGAGAAAAUGACUGCCGCUUUGCUCAUCCUGCUGACAGUGCAAUGAUUGAUACCAAUGACAACACAGUCACUGUUUGCAUGGAUUACAUAAAAGGGAGAUGCUCCAGGGAAAAAUGUAAAUAUUUCCACCCACCUGCCCAUCUUCAGGCCAAGAUCAAAGCAGCACAACACCAAGUCAACCAGGCUGCUGCAGCCCAGGCUGCGGCUGCAACGGCGGCUGCAAUGACUCAGUCGGCUGUCAAAUCACUGAAGCGACCCCUCGAGGCAACCUUUGACCUGGGAAUCCCACCAGCUGUUCUCCCCCCAUUGCCAAAGAGACCUGCACUUGAGAAAGCCAAUGGUGCCACCACAGUCUUUAAUACUGGUGUUUUCCAAUACCAACAGGCCCUUGCCAACAUGCAGUUUCAGCAACAAACAGCCUUUAUACCAUCAGGCUCAAUAUUGUGCAUGACACCUGCUACAAGUGUUGUUCCCAUGAUGCACGGUGCUACGCCCGCCACUGUGUCAGCAGCCACAACAUCUGCCACAAGUGUUCCCUUCGUUGCAACAGCCACAGCCAACCAGAUACCCAUAAUAUCUGCCGAUCAUCUGACUAGCCACAAGUAUGUAACUCAGAUGUAAGAGUUCCCUCACAAAACAAUCAUACUAAAGAAAAAUGUGCACUAGUAACAUUUUAGGAUAAAUGUUAUUGGAGCAUGUAAAUAAUAAUUGAAAAGACAACCUCAGCAAAAGUGCGGUGGCAACAUGCAUGCUAGCAACACCGAAGGAUGGGCAGAAGACACAAACUUCAAGAUGUCGCAUACUGACACAUGUGUGCUGUGAAAGAUAUGAAAGUGAAAGCUGAGGUGAAGCAUGUUGCUGCCCAAGUACACCAUUGUCUGCCUCUUCUGAUUCAUGUUAUGCAUACCUUAUUGUAUAUGCAUUCAAAAUGUAAACAUUACCAAAUGUAUCUGGCUCACCUGAAAAGGCAGGCUGUGGUGUAACUUUGCAAGUCUAACGUGUUGGUACGUCUGUAGACCAAGAAAUAUUUUUAUUAUUAAAAUUAUUAUUAUAAUUAUUAUUAUUAAUUAUAUAUUUCUUUCAUGGUUUACAAAUAACAAAGGUGCACCUUGUGUUUUAAAAAAAAAAUCUAAAACAAAAUGCCAUUGUAGGUGAGAGUCAAUUGUGCAUGCACAGUGUUCUAUAUAUAAGGGUUAUAUUUUUAAUGUACUAGAUUGUAAGAGGAAGUUAAGGAGGUAUUUGACAGAGAUGAAUGUGCUGAGCAAAACCACAACUGUGUAUGUCUUAAAGCAAACCAUAACUUUAAGAACCAUGUUGUAGGAUCCACAUUAAGUGCCAUAUAGACUGUACAUCCAGCUAGAGUAUUAAUACUGCAGUGUUAAUGUGUUUACCUGAUUAUCAUCACUAUACUUUUUUGUGUUAAUAUUUUGUAGAAGGCAUCACUAUUGUUUUAUUGAUGUUACUGCCUUAGAAAUGGCACCCUUAGAACAGCCAGUCAUCGUUACAGUCUCUACAUAUGGGGUUUCUUGUAACAUUAGUGACGUGUUCUGUUUUAGGACCUCUGUCAUGCCUAUCAGAGAGUAACAGUAAAGAGCUAUAUUCUGACUAUUCUGUGGGAACCA